AUGCGCCGCUUUACAGCACGCUUAGGGUUGCUCCAGUCCGGUCCAUCCAGUAGCCCAAGACGCGCUAUGGUGUCCAUCCGCCACAUAAAGGUCUUCGGUGAGUCCCGCUACAUGCGGGUCAAGACACGCAUACACGAGGAUCGCACCCGGGAGCUGGGCACCAAUCAUUUGGUGAUGAAUGUCAGGGUGCGGGUUAGGCCCGAUGGCAGGGACAAGUUUGUGCGUUUGUUCGAGCUGAAACGCAUCAAUUUCUGUGGCUUUCUCAGCGAGUACAAUGCCAGUCCAAUGCUGCGACUUCUGUUCAAAAAAUCUGUCAUCCUGAGCGACAUUAUAGAGUGCCCCAUUCGUGUGGGCAACUACUCCAUGUUGAAUGCCGAUAUGGCCGAAAAUAUCUCACCGGAUGGCGUACAAAAUGGCACCUACAAUUUCUUUACGGAAAUUGUCGAGGAGAGCGGAGAGAUAGCAAAAGUAUUUGCCAUGCAGAUCACUUCGACUGUACAGAUUAUAGAGCCAGAGCCAGAGCCAGAAAAUGGCGAGUGA